UUGAAACUGAUAGCGACACCUCUAUUGUGACCAGCCAUUCCAAUCAUGCUUAGAGCGUCACGAUUGCAGUCGACUGUUAGGUCUGUUACGCCAUUAGCUAGAACGCGUAAAGCUUCAUUAAUUGCCAAGCGUUUCGAAAGCACCACACCUACUGGAACAGUGUCAACUGGAAGCUCUAUUCCGAGAAAGCUUGGAACAGCUACCCUGUUGUUGACUGCAGGAUACACUGGCGCUGUCUACUAUGCUUUGACGAACGAACCUUUCCAUGAUACCUUCACGACAUAUGUUCCCGGAGGUGAACAGGUUUUGGAUUACAUUGAAGAAGUUCAAAACAACAAGGAUCUUCAAGCUUAUCGUCAGCAAGCUCGUGAUCUCACUAAGCAAGCUUCGGGAUAUGCUCACACUGCUAAGGAAAUUGGCGUGAAAGCCAAGGAUGCCACUGUUGAUGCAUAUGAAUAUGCUAGCGACACCAUCGCCAAGUUGACCGGUACAUCAGAGCCACCUCGUUUGCCUCCACCUGGUGCUCCCGCUCCAGUUGCAAAGAGAAGAACAACAGAGUUAGACGGCUUGGUUGAUACACCAAAGCAGAUCGCCUCAGGUGUAGAAGCCAAACCUGGAAAAAUUUCCCUAUACACUGAUGAUGAGAAGAGCCCUGUCAAGGUGACUACACAGUUGAUCAAGGUCAGCCAGGUUGAUUCCAACGAACCUUCCAUUGUGAAAUUGUCUGCUGUAGUUGGUGAGCUUGCAGACAUCUUAAAUAAGGCUGGUAUGGCAAAGCAAGGCAAGGAAUUUGUCGCCGAAGCUCAAACUCAACUCAACAGCUUGAACAAGCAAUUUGAGAAUUUGCGCAACGAACAAGAUGCUGUCCUCUCUACUGUUGUACAAUUGGACAAGCGUGGUGAUCAACUUGCUUCUAGCUUUGACAAGUACACUAGUGAUUCACAGGAUUUGGUCCAAAAGGCUGCUGCUGAGACAGUUGUAAAGGUCAAGGCUAAGGAGGCUGAACUCCAGGAACAAUUCAGCAAGGAGCGCGCCAUCUUGAACGAGACCUUCAACACCACCCUUACCACUCAGCUUACACAGCAGCAACAAGCUCAUCAACAGGAACUCAAGGAAUCUCUUAUAUCCCAAGCCACAGAAAUGCAACGACAAUUUAUUAGAGACGUCAAGCAUCGCGUUGAACAGGAGCGAGCUGGCCGUCUUGCCAAAUUAGAUCAGAUAACAGCACGCUUCCAAGCUUUGGAGCAAAUUUCAUUGUCCAAUGCUGACCGCAUUGACCACUCGCGACAAAUUCACAAGGGCCACAUCGCUGUUCGAACUCUCCGGGACAAGCUUACCGCAGCCCACAAGCAACCUUUUGAAGCCGAGUUAGAAGCUGUUCGUCGCAACACCAGCAACUUAGAAAUUAUACAAGCCGCUUUGGAUACUAUUCCUCAGGACGUUGCUCAAGAAGGUGUUGACACCAUUGUUGAUCUUGCUGACCGUUUCCAGGUUGUUGCUAACGAGGUUAGAAACGUCGCAUUGGUUCCUCAAGAUGGAGGUUUACCUAGUCAUGUUGUCAGCAAGGUGUUUGGCAAGUUGAUGUUCAAAAAGCAAGGUUUGGUGGAGGGUGAUGAUGCCGAGUCUCGCUUGGCCCGAGCUGAAUAUUAUCUUCAUGAGGAGGAUCUAGAAAAUGCUGCCAGAGAAUUGAACCAGCUCUCUGGUUGGCCCAAGAAGCUCGCCAUGGACUGGAUACAGGCAGCACGAAGACAUUUAGAGGUUAAGCAAGCACUGGAGAUUGCAGAGACGCAGAUCCUUCUUUCCAGCUUGGAAGAAGCUUAAAUCAGUACAUUACCAUCUCACGUCAAUGAAAACAAAAACCAUGCAGAAACACUCUUUUAAAAUAAACAAAAACACCAAAUUAUAUAGAUUC